AAGACAAUCAUUGUUUCUAAAAAGAUGUUGAUUCUUUGUCCAGAGUAACAGUCCAUCAGGAUCAAACUCACAAUCCGGAUACUAUCCAAAACAAAGAGUAUUAAACAGCACAGUCGAGAAGCAGACUUUCUUUUGAGUUCCAUAUCAGGCGCAGCUCGCUUCACUAAUCCGUAAAAGUCAGUCCUAACCCCAAGACAAUGGGACCUCCACCGCCAAACAAAGAACCUCUUUGAUCGUCUUCUUGGUAAACCAUAUACGCUGACUCGAGCGCCCGAUUUGCAAUGGUUGGAGUUGCUGGAGGAAGUAGAGGAUGUCCGGAAUGCAGGCGACGGAGGGUCAAAUGCGACGAGACGCAUCCUCACUGCAAUCGAUGCUCGAGAGUAGGUCUGAAAUGCAGCGGUCCUGUAACCGGCCUGCGAUUUAAGAUUCAGCGAGUCGAGAAGAGCAGCAGUCGACCAGACCGCACUCUGACUACCAAAACCGCAACCUCACAGAACUCAGAGCAAUUAUCAAAGACGUCCAGAACGCUCGACUUUUCGAGAAAAGAUCGUCGACAAUGGCCACAUCUAGUCGACAGAUACAAAACGAUCCUGACGAACCGACGCCUCCACGAUCUCGAGCUUUUUCCAGAAUUCGAUCUUUUCAGCCACUGCGUUUCUCUAUUUCUGUCAACGUGCCGGAUGGUGGGCAGAGCCAGCAGCGAAAGCGCUACCACUCUCUGGCUGUUACAGUUGCCUGCUAUUGUCCUGUCGCCAAUAAAUUCAGCAACUACGUUCGCCGGACGGGCGCUCGUUCUGGGCCACUGUGCCGGUAUCGUUGGCAGUGAUGAUAUCAGGAUGAUGAGCUACAACUGGUACGUCGAAGCUAUACGACUGCAAAAGACAGGAAUCGGCUACAUCAUGCAGGGCGCGGGCGAUAAAUUGGUGGAAGCGCUGGAGGCAUACGAUAUUCCAGAGAAAAAGACAGUUGCAAAAGUCAGUCGCUUGAUGCCAGACUCAGGAUACUCGUCUGGCGUUGUGAAUCCGCCUUCGCUGUUUGGCGGGAUGACGGUGUGCGACGACUGUACGAGCGCUGCGCUUCUCCUACCACUGUACGAGAUGAGCAACACGACUAAUUCAAACGCUUUGUCAAAGAUGCUUCAAGGUGCCGUGAUAUUGAUGGAGCUGCAAGGUCCGGAGAAGUAUUACAGCGGGAACAACCACGUGCUGCUAGAAGGAACGCUGUACAUGCAGGCCAUCAACGCAGCGUUCUCGCGCAACGCAGGGCAGAUCACGCUCAACCUUCCCCAGUGGCAAGCUUGCCGAGCGCAGACGUACACGGAGACGAUGUACCAUGGGAUGAUCAAGUACAUGUUUGAGAUUGGCGAGCUCCAGAUUGAAGCAAACAGGCUGUUUGACAAUAUCCUGGUUGGGUUCGGAAAAGAGUUCACUAAGCAACCGUCGUUGAAACCGGAGUUUCUCAACGCGGAUGGCUGGUGGGCUGUGAAAGAGUUACAUAGGAAGCUCUGUGUGCUUGAUAUGAAUCUUGAGAUAUGUCUAGCAAAGUGCCUGGAGGAUUAUCUCGAGGCUCUUCGGGCGCAAGACCCGCGAACGCUCAUAUUCGAUGAGGACACACGAUUUCCGCAACGCCAGCCCAAAAUCUGCCCGGCUGCUGCAAGCUACGAAGAAUGGAAGUCGUCGCACUUUGGAAAGCCACAGAUUGACUAUGAGAUUUGUACCUCGUUCAAGUUCAUGGGUAGCAUUACGUUCAUGCAGAUGAUUAUUGCCUACCUCCACUGUUACACCGUGCCGGCUGCGUACUGCUCUUACGAGGAACUCACAAAUAUUGACAAAAAUCCGUUUCUGAAGCACAGCUUGAACAGCUACAUUGCGCACCGGAAGCAAAACCUGGAACGCCACAACAGGACCCUCUUGCGCUCCAUAGAGUUUACAGUAGUGGAAGUCCACCGACCUGUGUUUAUGUUUAUGAUGUCGACCACGACGGGUUCGUGAUGAGUGGGAUUGACGAGGAUCGGUGCAGACGCGAACUGGAAAUGUAUAGGGCGCUGGAUGUAUGCAGGGGAUGCGGGGAGCCUGUUAGGCCCCAAGUGAGCAAGUUUGAGUGGUGUGAGGAG